AUGCAUUCUGUGUCAGUAACUCGUCGACAAAUCUUCCGAAGUUCAGUCUUUCCUAAUCUUAAGACAUAUUCUACCACUAGAGUCAAAAUGGCAAAUGAAGGACGAUCAGAUAGCUUUGGAAAAGCUCAUAAAUCACUCAAUGUAUUUAACAAGCCUCUCGGUCAAUUUGCGAAAGGAACUGGAUUUUACAGAAAUGGACAGUGUGAUGUUGGUCCGGAUGAUACGGGGAAUCACUCGGUUGCUGCAACUUUGACAGACAGCUUCCUUGAUUUCUCUGCGUCCCGUGGCAACAAUCUUCGCGAUAUCGGCUUGACUGGAGGAAAGAAAUGGUGUUUAUGUGCCGGUCGCUGGAAAGAAGCAAUGGAAGCCGCGAAAAGUUCUAGGGACGAAAAUUUGGUACCUAAAGUGCAUUUGCAUGCUACCCACGAGAGAGCUUUAGAUGCAAUCUCACUAGAAGACUUGAAGAAAUAUGCCGCGGAGCCAGAAGCAGCUAAUGCUAGCACAGUACCACAGAGUCGAAAGGGCAAUAAUUUGCCAGGGGGUGUUCCAACGAAGGAGAGGACAGAGCUGGCGGGGACUGAUGAAAUGACUGGGAGUAGGCAGAGGGGCAAUUACUAAGCUUAUGAUACAUAUGAGAGAUGAUAUGAGAUUGGUUGAAGGAAAAAUGUGGCAGUUGGAUGAUCAUUGCUUGUGUGAGACUGGCUCGAAUUCGCGAGAUCAUGCGCCGUUGCCGUUGAAUUUCCA